AAGAAUUUUUAAAUCUUAUUUAAUAAAUCCAUACAAAGUAAAGUGUUUGAGUUAUAGCAUUAGUGUAAAGGUUCUUAGGAUAUUAGGAUUAAAACAGACCAACAUAAAAUGGGCUUCAUGUUGCUGACUUAGAGGAAGGUAUAACAGAGGAAUAAUUAUUUGUGGAAUUCAGAAAGUUUGGAUAGAUUAGCUUUGUAAAAUUACAUAGGUAUGAAUAUUAAUAGCUAUGUAUAGAUAUCCUUUCAUAGGAAAAUCAAAGCAUUAUGCUUUUAUAUAUUUUUCAACAUAGGAAGAAGCUCGUAAAGCAAAGGAAGCUAUGAAUUAUAAAUAACUCUUAAGA